AUGAAGCAAUACUUUAUCAUGAAUUUUUUUUAUACCCUUUUUAUCAUCAUCGCCUCCUUUUUCUCUACGGUCAACCCGUCCUACAUCGCCGACCAUGGCAGUGUCACCUACCCUCUUCGAGAGCGGAAAUGGACUAUGACCUCUUCGGAACCUACCCGUCCUGCAUUGUCUACCUUGGCCGUGUUACCUACCCUCUUCGAGAGCGGAAAUGGACUGGUUCCUUCCUUCAUCGCCGAUCAAUACAGUGAAUCUCAUUGGAUCUGUUCGGAGUACUACCAACUGCCUGAAGAAUCCCUUGCUCGGUCCAUUGCUUUGUACCGCUGCAUCUUUGUGGAUUUGGCCGAGACUUUCUUCUACCAUCGCAUGCGUCCUCUCCUUGACGCCGCCAACAUCAAGAUGAAGUCUCUCUACGACUCGGCUCGUUCCCAGUACAUCCUUGCUGCUCGAACGUGCGCACUCUUCCAUCAAGAUACCUUCUUGUGCCUAUUGACUGCAUUGCCCGAGUCCUUCUACCUGCAACACAUCCGUCCCCUCGUCUUGGGGUCCUACAACCUGUUGCCUGUAAUCUACAUCUAUCUUCAAGCUGCUAUCCUUGUUACUGCUGCUCUUGUCAUUGGAUACCUUCUCAUCCGAUUGGCACGCUACUUGUUCUUCCAUGGCCUUUGGCUACUCCCGCUCCGAGUACCACCCCGCCGUUGUCAUCUAUAUGCUCCCUUUGAACUCCCCAUUGGCGAGAUAUUGCAACCCAACAUUGAUGGACAAGUUCGAGCCCUCCAGUACCCGCAAUUCAUCAUUGUGAAUGGUCAGCUAAGAUACUUUGUAACAGCACAUCGCCCUCCGCGGGCUCCCCUUUCUGAGCUUGGUAAGCUUCUAUUGCAAGCCAAGCCUCAUGACAAAUUCAUUCUGGUCAACGGCCAUCUUCGCCGCGUUGUCAGAGGACGCCAUCUGGUCCCUGCUUCCAGCCAACAACCCGCCCGUCGUCCAAGAAUCCAGCCACAAGAAUUCAUUGUCGUGAACGGCAAUCUUCGCCGCUUCAAGCGAUGCAUUCGGCCUACUCCUGCCGCUCCGCAGGCUCCGCAGGCCCCCCUUCCUGAGCCCAGUCGUCGUCAAACCUUCAUUGUUGUCAACGAUUGUCUUCGCCGCUUUGUCAGAGGCACCCAUCCCGCCCCUGCAUCCAGUCGCCAGACCGUUCGCCGUCCGCGAACUCAGCCUCAGGAAUAUAUUAUUGUCAAUGGCAACCUUCGUCGCUUCGUGCGAUGCCGCCGGCCUGUGAAGAGCCGAGGACUCCCUUUUGGUCCAGCUCUGCCUCCACUUCCUCCACCUGCCGUGGAUGUUGCUACAUUGACACUCUUGAUUGACAUCCGAGAACUUCCUUCCAUUCCAAGGGCUUUGCCUCUCCUUCGGCCGCCCAUGGAUAUUGUUCCGGUCAACAACAACAACUCCCAGCUCUUGCCAGCUAGUGCACCACCUACAACCACCACCGUCAAGGCCGCUUUCUUGCACAACCGGUACAUUGUGGUCGCCACUCAGACUUGUCAAGGCAACCGUGUUCUCCAGCGGUCUUUGCUUUCCUGGGACACUUUCUCUGCAGAUGCAACUGCUGCCAGCUCAUCUUCCCAUGCGAUGACACCAGCUUCCUCUGCUGCCCGAGUUCCCACAACUGGAUUGGGUCUUUCUGAUGCGUUGCUUCUCCCAGCACCCUCAGCUCCCAACAGCGCCACUACCCCAGCAUCUUUGUCUCUGGAGAUGACUGUUCUUCUUGGUGCCACCAUCCAGACGAUUGUGGAUCUUCCUACCCGCCUGGCAUUUCGAGGAGCACCCGACCUGACGGCUGGACUACCGCCUCCUCCUCCGCCCAUGGCUGAUAUUGACGACCCCUUGGUUCCAGCUGAUGUUGAUGGAGUGCCUUUUGCUCCUGACGACGACGAUCAUCUCGCUGAUGAUGCAGCUCCCAUUGAGGAACCAGCUCAUGUCGAUGAACCAGUACGCCGCAGACGACGGCAGCCAGUCCCAGCUUCGCAGCUUCGGCGUUCUCCGCGUCUUGCAGCCCAACAACAAACGCUUCGGCGCUCGGCAAGAUUGGCUACUGGUCAGGAGCAAACUCGGGUCUGUUACAAGCAGUUCUUCUCACUGCGCCCCACCUACCAGGAAUGA